AUGGUGCUUUACACUAAAGCGAUCUUCCUCUCACUGGUUGCAAUCCCAUUGGGUUGCAUUGCAUUGAUGAUCCAAUGCUCUCCGGCCUACCGCAAACAGAACAAGACAAACCGUGAUGUCGAGAAGCAACAGGAAGCAUCAUCCGAGGAAACUGCCACAAUGUUGAAGUGGGCAGCCAGUUCCAAUAACCUCCAGGCACUGAAAAACAUCAUACACGGCGAGUCUGGCAGGGAAAGACCAGGACCUGAUGCGUUUGGUGUGGCUUUGAUUGCAGCAAUCCAAAAUAAUCAUGUCGAAGCGGCGAAGCUCAUCAUCAACAACAAGGAAGGCCUUCAGUAUCGAGACGACCAAGGAGCUAUGCCUCUUCAUUGGGCCGCCAGACGGGGCCACGUUUCAAUCUGCCAGGAGCUUCUGCAGCUAGGUGUUCCUUUGAACGAAGAAAACGCUGCAAGAGAGACGGCCCUAGACUGGGCCAUGGAGGGCGGCGACGACGCAACUAUCAAUUUCUUGCUGAAAGGGGAGAAGCAAUACACUCGUGUCGACACCCUCGAUAUGCAGAGCAUCCACUUCAGUGCGCGGAUGGGAGACCUGGACAUGGUCAAAAGUCUAUACAAGAAGACGAAAACUUUGGAGAUGCGUGACGCGCGAGGUCAAACUGUCUUGUUCCAUGCGAUCAAGGGUAAACAAUUGGCAAUUGUUCAAUGGCUCUUGGAGGAAGGCAGAGCCAACGUCGGAGCUGUUGACAAAGAAGGACUCACGGCGCUGCACGUUGCAGCAGAUAUGAGUGACGCGGACAGUGCCAGACUUCUGAUCGAUCAUGGCGCCAAUGUCAAUGCGCGGUCGAAUCUCCACUUGACUCCAUUACACAUGAUAACCAACGCAGCUGGACACCUUGUGCUGUCGCUCCUCGUCGGGAACGGCGCGAUCGUUGAAGCAGAAUGCAAACAUGGCGACCAACCUUUGCACAAGGCGGCGAGUGCCGGCGAAGAGGGCACACCAAUCCUCAAACUGCUUUCGCAGUAUGGUGCAGACUUAGCGGCGAAAGGCGCAUCUGGCAAUACCGCCGCACAUUGUGCUGCUGCUUGCGGGUGUUCGAAGACACUCGAAGUAUUGGUUGACGAGUCGAUCGACAUCAAAGAUUGCCGCAACACAGCUGGCUAUACACCUCUCAUGGUAGCUGCCCAGGCGAGAGCCACCGAUACGAUGACCUAUCUUCUUGGCAAGGGGGCUAGUCCUAACGUCUCGGAUGCCCAGGGGCAUUCCCUUGUGGAACUGAGCGUUGGCUGGGGCGACCCCCUUGUCAUAUCGAUCCUGCGAAACCACGGCGCUGAAUUCGGGGAUCUCCCGGAUGACAAGACACACCCAGUCUGGGAUGCUAUAAGUGACGGUCAGACGCGCAGAGCAAUGGAGCAACUCUUGGAUGCCGGCUUGAGCAUGGAGUACGCGCGGGGCGGCGUCACCCUAUUACAACAUGCGCUUGAAGCGGAGAACACGGAAGUAUCCACGCUACUUCUGGAACGUGGCGCCUCCGUCGACACAAGAGAUCGAUACGGCUGGUCAGCUCUACACUCCGCCGCAUUCGCAGGAGUUGUAUCUCCGCUGCUUCUUGUACUGCAGCGUGUGAGUGACCGCGAGCCAAAGGAUAACCAAGGCUGGACGCCUUCCGAUCUAGCCGCCUUUUAUGGACACAAGGAGGCUAUGUCUGUGUUGGAUCCAAAGGGUAAGAUUGAGAAGUUUGUAUGGAUGAAGGAGCCUGACCAGACGACGUUCUGGUCUCAGCACUCUGAUGUUGGAGUAAGAGACUUUGCAUACUCUGAGGCGGGAUUUCAAGAGAGGCAUAACAAAGGGUUGGUCUUUGAGGCACCGGGAGAUUAA